UUGAGCUCUGGGUGUUCCUUUAAAUGCUUCAUUCAUUAUUGGGCUUUCCUUUGAUUCCAUAAAUUUCUUGGGAAAAUUUAAGUGUGUGUGUUUGUUUAAACCAUAUAUGGAAGCUAGUGAAAACAAUGGCUCAAGAAGAGCAUAUUAGUAAUAGUAAUAGUAACGGUGGUGGAAUUGGAAACAAAAUUUUUGGUAGAUUUUCAAUGAAACAAAGGCCUAAGAAGGUCCCUCAAAGAGGGCUUGGUGUGGCUCAACUUGAGAAGAUUAGGAUUGAAGAACAACAAAAGAAAGAUGCUUCAAUCUUGCCUUCUUCACAAUCCCCUGUUGUCAUGUCACUGCCGAGCCCUACUCGUAAAUCAUCGGUACCGGCAUCGGCAUCGUGUUUACCUUUGCCUGUCCCGGAUCCUAUGUUCGGACCGCCUUUUUCUGCUGCAGACACUGUUCCAUGGACCUGCAAUGGCAGUGUUGUUCAUAAUGGUCAAAAUAAAUUGUGGGGCUCUUGUGAAUUCGAGUAUAACAACAUCGAAAAGGAGUGUUCUGGAUUGGAUCCUGGUUUGGCUUCCAGGACUAAUUUGAGUUUGCCUUACGAAUUCGAACCGAUUUGGCCUUUGCCGGGUUUGAUGCAAAGGGCUGCACAACAGACAUUUCAGCAAACAACUUCUUCAGUGAUGAAUUUAUCAUCAAGAACUUCAUCAACAUCUGUGCUGAAUUUUCAAAUGGAGCCCCCUUCAAACCAAAACUAUUAUGGAAAUUGUACACCUUUAUUGCCUGAAGAUGAUAAGGUGGUUGGCAUGAAGAGAUCAUAUCCCUUUUCUCUAGACAAUGCCCCAGGUCCACCUAUCUUCAGCAAAUAUCCUCCCAUUGUUCAUUCCAUUAAUGGACAAGUUGAAACAGCUUCGUGUAGCAACUGUAGCACGUUCAAUUUCGAACCUGGCACCCUGAGUUUCAGGGAAGGACCUUCAUGUUCAACUUCAAAUAUGGAAUCAAAAUCCAAGAAAAGCAUCAAACAAAAUGGGGUCUUUGAUGGAGAUUUUCUCACAUUAGCCCCUCCAACAACUGAACCGGUGUGUUCGAGCUCGAAAUUCAAGCACCCUUCAUCCGUCUUACCCUAUGACAAGUGUGAAUUGCCCUACCUCGAAUCAUUAGCUUAUCAGGCAAGCUUCGAAGAACUGAUUGUCCGGCGGGGAGUCGGCGGAGUAAACCAGCUGUAUCGACCUUAUUACAGCUUCUUACCACCAGCAAUGGUGCAAAUUGACAGAGCAACAACAAUAUAUAUGACCAAUUGUAAAGGUGGAGAAGUAGGAAGACAAGUUGAUCUCAAUUUGAAGCUAUAAACGUUAUUCUUCUCGGUACAAAAGACGUCCGAGUUUGAAAAUGCGAAUAGCGUUACUACGGAUAUUGAGAUUCGAAUUUGAAAAUACAAAUAGCGCUACAGAUAUUGAGAUUCGAAUUUCGGAGGCUAUUCGAUGUCACAUCCGGAUUAUAUGAACAGAUUAAGUUAAACCUCAGGUGUAAAGCUACAAGAUGUUUGAAA